CGAUGAGAGAAGGGCCAAGUCGGUGCGCGCCAGCCAGCAGCGGUCUCUGCCAGGGGCAGACGGAUCGCUUCCAUGUCGCAGGGUGACUGCUAGCCCUGCGGAGGCUCCCCCGGCCGGGCCGGGCCGGGCGGGGCAGGCGGCGGGCGGGCAGCUGCCCCGUUGCCGGGGUGCCCCGCGGGAUGCUGGCGGCGGGGGAUGCGGAGCCGGCCGCGGACUAACAUGGGGGGCGGCCACUCCCACAGGGCGCCCGUCUUCGACGAGAACGAGGACGUUAACUUUGACCACUUUCAAAUAUUGCGGGCUAUUGGGAAAGGGAGUUUUGGAAAGGUGUGCAUUGUACAGAAGAGAGACACCAAGAAAAUGUAUGCCAUGAAGUAUAUGAAUAAACAGAAGUGCAUUGAGAGAGAUGAAGUUCGCAAUGUUUUCCGGGAGCUGCAGAUAAUGCAAGGCCUGGAACAUCCCUUCCUAGUCAAUCUGUGGUAUUCCUUCCAAGAUGAAGAAGACAUGUUCAUGGUGGUUGAUCUCUUACUCGGCGGUGACCUGCGUUACCACUUGCAGCAGAACGUUCACUUUAAUGAAGGAACUGUUAAACUGUACAUUUGUGAGCUGGCUCUUUCCUUGGAUUAUUUGCAGAGAUACCACAUCAUUCACAGGGACAUCAAACCUGACAACAUACUACUGGAUGAACAUGGACAUGUUCAUAUCACUGACUUCAAUGUAGCAACCAUAGUGAAAGGCUCAGAAAAAGCUUCUUCUAUGGCUGGCACAAAACCCUAUAUGGCUCCAGAAGUGUUCCAGGCUUUUAUGGAUGGAGGUCCAGGAUACUCGUACCCAGUAGACUGGUGGUCAUUAGGAAUUACAGCAUAUGAAUUACUGAGGGGUUGGAGGCCCUAUGAAAUUCACUCAGCCACCCCCAUUGAUGAGAUACUCAACAUGUUCAAGAUUGAAAGAGUUCACUACUCAUCCACAUGGUGCAAGGGCAUGAUAGCACUACUGAAAAAGCUCCUCACUAAGGAUCCAGAGUGCCGCCUUUCAAGCCUUGCAGACAUCCAAAAUUCUCCAUACCUAGCUGAUGUCAACUGGGAUGCUGUUCUAGAGAAAGCUGUGACCCCAGGCUUUGUUCCUAACAAAGGAAGACUGAACUGUGAUCCCACAUUUGAACUUGAAGAAAUGAUUUUAGAGUCCAAGCCUCUCCAUAAAAAGAAAAAGCGACUUGCCAAAAACAAAUCCAAAGACAGAGCUAAGGAAACCUGCCCACUGAACGUACACCUGCAGCAGUGCUUGGAAACCGUUAGGAAAGAAUUCAUCAUAUUCAACAGAGAGAAAUUAAGAAGACAGCAGGAUCAAAGUGGCCAGACCUCCAGCAUUGACAGCAGAGCAUCUCUUCAGAGCCACGAGAAGCUCCAAGACGGGAGGAACAACAAUUUGCUGGGACACGGCUGCACCAGAGGCUGCAGCAGUUAG